AUGUCAGAGCUGACCUUUACAAAAUCAUUCCUGUCCACUCUGGACUCACGGUCUGUCAAGCUCCGCGCUGACCAUGUCUUUGACUCAGAGCAAGUUGGACUGCGAGUUCCUUACACUCUCCCCCGCCUUUCAGCCCCGCACCCCCCGAUGCCCAAGAAAGUGAGCUCAACACAGAUCCCAGGCUCAUCCAAAUCGAUCACUGUCCGUAUCAAGUCUGCGCGCAACCCUACCUUGGAGUUCACCAUCUCCAAUGCCCCUCUCUCGACCAUCUCAGUCCAGGACCUUCGGGAUGCCGUGCGAGCGCGCGUCACUGAUGCGCAGGGAGGCCAAGUUCCUUUGGACAAGAUCAAGAUACUGUACAAGCGGAAGCCAGUGACUGGGACUGGGAAGACACUGGCCGAGGUACUAGCGGACGAGCCGGCCGCUUUGUCAGGAGGCAAAGAAGUCGAGAUCGGAGUGAUGAUUAUCGGUGGCGCUCAAGCACUGGCUCAACCGGAGGUGACGGAAAAGAGGGAUGAAUCCCCACCGAAGUUCGCUGCAGUAGGGCCAAGUAGUGAGGAGAUAUUGCAUACCGAAGCUUUCUGGAAUGACUUGCAGGGCUAUCUCCAGCAACGAUUGAAGGAUGAGGAAGAAGCGAAACGGCUGAGGUCCGUGUUCAAAGAGGCGUGGAUUUCCUCCAAAUAG